AUGAUGAUACCUUGUUCGCGGAAGGUCCGCAUUUCCUGCUGUGAUCCUGAUGCCACCGAUUCCUCUGAUGAAGAUGAUCGGCAUGCGAAGAAGGAAAAGAGGAUGACAAUGGAGGUACUAGUUCCAAUGAAAACCUCCGGACCUCUCAAGUCUCGAAAGACCCUUGUGCCAUGUGGCAGCAAGAAAUCAAUUGGCACAGAGAAGAAGCAACCAACCAGCAAGUACCCUGGUGUGCGCCUGCGUUCAUGGGGUAAGUGGGCUGCGGAGAUACGUGAUCCUGUGAGCAAAACCCGGAAAUGGAUUGGCACAUUUACCUCUGAGGAGGCCGCUGCAGCAGCAUAUGAGGCAGAACGGAACCGGGUACGCACUGAGAUGUUGGCCAUCAAAUCUCGGUCACCUCCAUCAGAACAUGAAGCUGUGUCCAGCGAAGCUACUGUAUCCUGUGUGUCUUCAUCUGUGUCGUUCGGCGACCAGAAAGCACAAGAGGUACACAAGUUAGCGUCAAUGGAGAUAGACCCUGACACUGCUGAUGAGAGCUUACUGCACUGCUCACCGGAACCGCCAGGUAAAGAAAUCCAGGUAGAUGCAUUCGUUGGCCGGAUGAAUGUUGAUGAAAGCUUGGUGCACUGCUCAUCGACACCUAGCGAUGAAGAAAUUCCAGUGGAUGCAUUCUGCAGCCAGAUGAAUGAGCUUCCUCCUAUCAGUGACUAUGUUUGCACAACUGACAAACUCUCACUGGAUGAUAUCUCAAGGCUGGCAGAUAUGUUUCCUGUCAAUGACUUUGUCGACACAACAGGUGAGCCGCCUGGUGACGACUACAUCGGGCUGGCAGACAUCAGUCAUCUACCGAUGCCAAUGUUCGAGUUGGAUACAGAACUUAAUUGGGAAGGUUUCGACUUUGCUUCGAUGGAACGUGAACUAGAGAGACUUUAG